CAACAGUGGCCGCGACUGUGCGUAAAACUCGCUUUAAUUCGACUCGUGAAAAACCAUGAGUUUCUCCCCUUAUCCAUCCAUUCCCAUUGGAAACAACAUUCAGGAGCAGAGGGAUCGCUGGGGAAGGAAGCAGAUCCGUACCGCUCAUGAGCUGAUCCAGACAGAGCAGUGCUACUGUAAACAGCUGGAGCUGGUCACCACUUACUUCGUGGAGAUUUUGAAGGCCAAAGGAACCCUCAGCCAGGAUAUUAGAGCGAGCAUCUUCAGUUCAAUUAAAUCCAUUUAUUCAGUAACCCAAUCUCUGCUGGUCCACCUGGAGAACGGUUACUCUGGCAGGGGUUUUGAGCAGCUCGGUCACCAGCUACACCACUAUACAACUUAUGUUGACAAUUUCCACUAUGCCAGCAAGGUGCUUGGGGUGCAGCUAAAAAAAAGCAAGGCCUUCAGACGCUUCAAGAAACUGCAAGAAGCCAGGCCUGAGUUCAACAACUGUAGACUGGAGGACUUGCUCCCACUUCCCCUCCACCGUAUUCAAGAAUACCAGCGUUUCCUCGAGUACCUGACAGAGAACACAAGUCCAUCAGAGCCAGAGUUUCAACAACAUGCAAGGGCCUUGAAGGCGAUCUUGGAGGUGUCCCAGCGUAUCCAAGACAACACUCGCAGCUAUGAGAACCACCUGAAUCUGCGUCGGGUUCAGAAACUGCUGAAAGGGCAAAAGACGAAGGUGAUGGCUCCAGGCAGGUGGUAUAUCCGUGAAGGGUGGCUGAGGACAGUGCCCUCCAAAGGGGCUGAGGCCAAGCCUAAGAUGUUCUUCCUGUUUUCCGAUGUGCUGCUCCAGGCAAAGCGCUGCAGCCCACUGCAACCCACCAAUGGCGACAAGUUUGAAGCCCAGUGCACUUUCUCCCUUAUGGACUGCACUGUAGACAGGGUGUUUGGCCACACCAAGAGCCGCGGUGGCCUUCUCAGUCUGACCUUCCCUGAGGCCAAGCUCUUGCUGAUGUCCAGUGACCAAGAGGAUAUCAACGACUGGUACAGCAGCUUCACCUCUGCUAUUCGAAAGUUGCAGUCGAAGAACACAGUUGUCCAUAGGAGAGAUGAAAUGUGCAGGAAACCCCUCCGCUCAACCACAGACAGCUCACACAACACACCGGCGGCCUGCAUCUCACCUGAGAGGACACACAACAUGAUACAUGAUGAGACCAGUGGGUGGAGCCAGGCUGCGUCGGGGAGCAGAAGUCACCCAGAUUCCAAGAGGAUGAACUGGCCUGAUGCUGCACUGCAGCCAGGGGAGAGCACUCCAGAGCCAGAGGGUGUCAGCUGUGUGAUCCUGUGA